AUGGCAGCUCAACCUCCCCGUGACCUUCCCAAGGCUUCGGGGUCGCAACCUAGUAUCGAGAAGAAUCCAGAACUCGUCGCCCUUGCCAAGACAUACGAGAACACCCCGUGGUGUGAGGACUACGAACGUAUGAUAUCCGGCAUGCUCUACAACUCUCUUGCUCCAGAACUUGAAGGAGGCCGUCUACGCGCCCGAAAACUCACCAAGAGAUAUUGUGAUUAUUUACCUGAUGAUUCUACGCCAGACUCGCUGGGUGAAGAGCGCGAAAAGAUGCUCAGGCAGUUGUGUGGGAGGGUUGGAAAAUCUCCUUGGAUUGAACCGCCGUUUUUCAUGGACUACGGAUGCAACAUCUCUCUCGGUGAUCGUUUCUACGCCAAUACCAACAUGGUGAUUCUCGACUGCGGACUCGUCACUAUCGGCGACCGAGUCAUGUUCGGGCCCUUUGUCAGCAUCUAUGCCGCGACGCACGAGACAGAAGUGCAGUCUCGACAGGACAACAUUGAGUUUGCGCGCGAGGUUACGAUUGGUGAUGAUUGUUGGAUUGGCGGGAAUGUUGUGAUUCUGCUGGGGGUCGUGAUUGGGAAGGGGUGUACAAUUGGGGCAGGAAGUGUGGUGACGAAGAGCGUGCCGGAUUAUUCGGUUGCGAUUGGCAGUCCGGCGAAGGUUGUCAAGACGGUUGAGCCUCCUGUGGGGAAGUUG